GUUGCAUUCUGAGUUUACUUCCAUAGGCAGAACUGGACUGGACACAUCCUUGCAAUUUUUUUAUUUCAUUUUUUUUUAUUGUUAUUACUCGACUGCAAUCCAUUCAUCGCUAUGCCUGUCUCUGUCGACGAUCCAUUCUUGCUUACCAGCUACUCUUCGACUUCACAUCGGCACCAAAAACUCCAGGCAGUCCAUUGCACACCUGAGCAAAGAAACGUUGUACAAGUCAAAUCGGAGGAGGAGCAUGGCUCCUGUUUGCUUGCAGUGGCCGUGCAGGGCGAAGGUGUUCAGCUCUUCAAUACAGCGGAUCAGAAAUGUGUUUUCUCUUAUUCCGCAGCGCCUGGAUACUCAUUUACAGGAUCGGCUCAAACAAUCCAAAAAUCCGGAAAGCUUCGUCAUGUCUAUGCUGUCAUUGCCAAGGGCACAGAUGUCCCCACAAAGGAGGAAGGCAAAGUCGUUUGGAGGUGGGUGGAUGAAACCUCAACUGCUUCAGAUCCCUCAAUCCUCAACAACAACGAUGUCAUAGAAAGCGUUAGAAAGCCUUCGAGUGCUCGUAAGACGGUCCAUAAGUUUGAAAGUGAGAUCUAUCAAUUGUUCGUGUCAUCAUUGCUCCCUAAUCACGCCGUGUUAGUAAAUAAGGACGGUAGUCUGGUGCUCGUUACUGAGGAUAUGAAACGAAUAGUUAGUAGCAGUAAAGUUCACAGUGCACCUGGAGCAAAGGCCAAUAAGAAAGAUAAAAAGGACAAAAGUACUCAGGAUCGAUCAAAUACAGUACUCUGGGCGACCACUUAUAAUACAACUGGUUCCUGGAUUCCCACAAGUUCGUUGCCUCGCGAGACUCUGAUCGUCAUGACUGUUGUAGAGCCUUCUGUAGAAACAAUGGUUAUAACAUUGUCCUAUGUCAAUAAGGAACAACGUGGAUUUACUGAGUUCGGUCAAGUAGAAUUGAAGUCUACUACUGGAUCCCCAAGCUUCGCUUUUGACGCCGUAACAGGACAGUUCUCUUUCUUGACUGCCUCGGGUGAACUAAAAAUCUAUCAAGUUGCAGUGGAUCAAGUAGACCAUACUUUAAGUGCCAUAGAAACUUUGACACUACCCCUUCCUGGGUAUGCAGCUAUAUCUACUGCCAGAACGGGGGUUGACCCAUUGUUGCAGAGUGUCGAUACCAUCGCUCUCGGUGACAAUUACCUCGCAGUUGCUGGAAUUCAUAAUAACAAUGACAAACCGGAACUGGUAUUAACUAUUUGGGAUAUUCAGUACGGAACUCUUCAAGCAAAACACCUUUUUCCUGGAGUAUUCAGUCUUCAAAAUUCUACUUGUCAGCUGGCCCUUCUUCCGGGAUCUGUCCUUGUCAUUACUAUAUCCACAACAAUCAAUACCACUGUGAAAUCCGAUGUUUAUCUCUGUCAUUUUUAUGCAGAACCAAUGUCGCUUCUCGGUGCUAUGGGCAGGAUGAAGGAUACGACCCCCUUUCUUGGACAAUCAGGAGCCAUCGCACAGGAUGCCUACACAUCUACAACCACAUCGCUCCUCGUUCCUUCCGAUACCAAUGCCAUUGUCAAGGGCAGUGACUUGACAAAGGGCAAGGAUGAAUUUGAAAAGCAAUUUGAAGCAGCUCAAAUGGAAGAGAAAAAGGUUCUGGAGGCACUGGCGUCAAAAUCACAUGCAGGAGAUGCGCAGGCAUUUGAGGAAGUCUUCUUCAAGUAUAUGGACCAACAGACGGCUGCAGCUAGGGAUGAUGUUCUGAAGCGACAUGGUGUCAGUGCUGACGAAGUCAAAGAGGCUGUCGAGGCGACAAAGAGGCGGAAAGCAGAAACCAAAAAGCUGUUGCAGCAACAGCAAUCAAACCAGAAAAAAGAUGAUAGCGAUCAAAAGAUGGAAGUUGAUAAUGAACCAGCUGUCAAGGAUAAUGCAGUGACCAUCCAACUCGAUAAAGCUGCGAGGAAGAAGCUGAAGAAAAAGGAGGCUAAUGCCGCGAAAGCAGCUUCCAAGGAAGCUACCAAGGCUGACAAUGAGGCUGGGAAGGAUGGUUCAAAGAAGGCCACCAAGGCAUCCACUAAAAAAAGCAAACCUGUUGCAAAGGAGGCUGCCAACGAAGAUGGAUCAUCUUCUGAAUCUUCUUCAGACGAGGAUGAUGAGAACCAGGUUGUUGUGUUAAGUUCAGACGAUGAGAAUAAAGAGGAGGAAGAUGAAACUGAGUACAAGGCGGAUUUAGAAGAAGAACAUCGCUUAGAAGCCCACAGAGACGCUGUCGAACAAUGGCGUAAGAUUGAGGCGGAUGCAAUCAAAAACUACAAUGAGCAGCGCCGUCUCUUGGCUGUUGGUCGUGCGCCAAUUCCUCCUCCAGAACUCUCCCAUCACUUUGUCAUCACAGUUAUCAGCUACUGUUUCCCUCAUUUACCCAAUGGUCAGCCCGACAUGAGCUUCUGGCCGAGCAAGGUAAUUAAGUUUAUGAUCGAGCAUCAGUUGGUCGGGAAUGCUAAUCCUGGAGCAGGCCAGGCUGGUAUUGCUUUAAAUCUGAUGGAGCGUGGACAAUGGCACCUGCUGGAGCUUGCGUUCAAGAAGUUGUAUGAUAUCCCCGAAGGGGAUAUGAUUGUGAUGUUGAAGCAGGUUAUUAGCCUGAAUAGAAAGACAUCCAUCUCAACAUCUGCAAGAUCUCAGAAUGCAACAGGGAUAUCGGGAGUAGUAUCGCAAUCGUUGUCAUCGUCAACAACAACAAAAUCAAAAAUUACUUCAACAUCAAUACCGGAUAUUCCCUACUUCUUGAAUUUGAUUAUGACUGCACCAAGGAAUGAGAUCUUUAUGCAGCAGGCGCUUAAAAAGCUGACUGUAGAAGAGCUUACAGUUGUUCUUGAGAUCUUGAAGGGCUGGAUCGAUAUCUGGGAUGUGCGUGGAGGCAUCGGUCAUCAAAACCAGCGUGCGGACAAGAAGCAGCUUCCAGGAGGACUUCCCGGAUAUGGAAUAAUUGUGGACUUUACAACUAUGAUCAUGGAUGUUCAUUUCCCGCUGUUGAUUUUAUCGGCUCAUCUUCAUCCUGUUCUCAAGUCCAUUCAAACAUCCAUGCAGCGUGAGACUCAAAUAUCGAACGAGCUUGAGAAGGCCUUGCGUGGACCGUUGGGGCUGUUUGAUCGUAAGCACAAGGAGAUGAUUCGUCGUAAAAAAGAGUUUUCUGUUGCUGGAUUUGCUUCAUCAGGAAAUCAUGGUAUUAUCACAGCAGCAGGUGGUGUCUCAACAGACAAGAGGAGGAGACGUAAAUGGGAGGGUGGUGAAGGCAUUCCCGAUUAUGCAGUCGAGAUUAUUCAUUUGUAA